AGUUUUACUGAAGACAGAGGUUGAAUGGGAAAGGGAGAGGCAGAGAAUAGUGAAAAAUAAAUAAGAGGAACCCUCGAUUGUGCUGGGCCCUGUGUAGUGUGUUGGAUAAUUUUCUUUUCUUCCCCGCUUUGCGUUUAGUAAUACAUACAAUACAAUAUCGACUAAGCACUUUUAUUGCUGUUUAUUUCUUGGGGCGAUGAGUUCCUCUUCUACCGAUGCCUUCCCAGCAAUCCAGGAAAUUAUGCUGGAGUUCCGUGCUGGUAAAAUGUUUCUAGAGGGAAAAAAGGUUGUACCUGAUACACGGAAAGGACUUGUUCGAAUUGCUAGGGGUGAGGAGGGAUUAGUCCAUUUUCAGUGGCUUGAUCGCACCCAAAAUGUUGUUGAAGAUGAUCAGAUAAUAUUUCCCAAUGAGGCUAUUUUUGAGAAGGUUAAUCAAACUUCUGGAAGGGUUUUCAUAUUAAAGUUUAAUAGUGAUGACAGGAAGUUCUUUUUCUGGAUGCAGGAAUCAAAUGCUGACAAUGACUUGCAACUGUGUAGCUCAGUGAAUGAUUGCAUUAAUAGACCAUUAGAGUUCCUUGGCGAAGAGGAGCCAGAUGGAUCCCUUCCGCUUCAAGUUUCUGAAGAUAUGGCUGAGGAUGAUAUCUCAUCUAGAGCUGCAAACUUAGCUGUCCCAAACUUAGGUGUGGAAGCAACUAGUGAUGUAACAUCUUCGGGUCCUGUUAAAUUGGAAGAUCUUCAAAGAAUACUGAGUAACAUUGGGCCUGCAGAUAAUAUUGUUGAUCCUGAUGGAGGCUUUGGACUUGGGGAUAUAUUGAAGCCUGAUCUAAUAAUGCCAUUGAUGGAGACAUUACAUUUGGAACAGCGUUUAGCUCCCUACUUACCUGAGGGUAAUUGGUCUCCAGAAGAGAUAUUGGAAUUGCUGCAGAGCCCACCUUUCCGUCAGCAAGUAGAUUCAUUUACUUACGUUCUUCGAACGGGACAGAUAGAUUUGUCUCAGUUUGGAAUUGAUCCAAGUAAAUACAAGUUCACAGUUUUGUCUUUUCUUGAGGCUCUAGAAGAUUCUGUUUCUUCGUCGUUAGAGUCUGAAGAGGCCAGGCAAGAUGAUCAGGAUUUACGAUCUCAAUCUUGUAAUCGUCAUGACCCAAUGGAUGAAUCUCAGUAGCGUGGCUCUUUCUGCAUCUUUUUUAAUUCUAUAGAUACAAGAAACAUUUGUUUUUUCCUCAAGACAUAUACUUCUGCUUGCAAAAGGAAAUUUAAAAUGCAGUGAAAAAAGGUGCAAAAAUCAUUUGAGAUCUUUUAAGGCUAUAGAGUGAAUUAUUAAUCAAUAAAAUCUAUUAGGUCAUCUUCCCUUUUCUUCU